CGACAAACCAACAAAAUUCAUACAUAGUCAUUAAUCUUCUCGGUCCUCGGUUUUUAUCUUUGUCACGAUUCCUGCUAAAAUGAUGUCUUCGGAUGAGCCUGGUGCAACCCCUUUUCACUCCGUACAAGCAUCGUUCUCGAAGUUCCAGCGCCAAUACCAACAAACACUUGACCGAUGGACUCCUCACGUUUUUCAGCGAUGGUUGGCGACUUUGUUUCUGCUGGCGCUCUUCAUGCUUAGGAUUGUGCUGUCCCAGGGGUGGUACAUUGUCUGCUACGGCUUGGCCAUUUACCUUUUGAACUUGCUUCUUGCAUUCCUGCAGCCCAAGUUCGACCCUUCACUUGAGGAUGAUCUUCUUGCCGACGAGAUUGAAGAGGGCGGCGACCAAAAUGUGCCUGUGCUUCCUUCUCAGCGGGAUGAUGAGUUUAGGCCUUUUGUGAGAAGACUCCCUGAAUGGCAAUUUUGGCUAAGUGCAACAAGGGCCACUCUCGUAUCACUCUUCUGUACCGUGUCAGAGGUCUUUGAUGUACCCGUCUACUGGCCGAUCCUCGUGGUCUACUUCUGUGUUCUCUUCGCAUUGACAAUGCGUCGGCAAAUUCAGCACAUGAUCAAGUACAAGUACAUUCCGUUCGACAUAGGGCGCAAGGCACGUUACGGCGGGAGCAAGUAGAAACUAUUUACUGCCUCAUAUCAUGCGGAAUAUUCUCUCCACCUAUAGAUUUUACAUCGUAAUGCAGGACUAUGUUUAUUGCUGUACCAUUUUGAUGUCCGCAAAGUUCGCCGAGGCGUCGUUAGGAUACGGUAUGGAUUUACAGCGCUGAUAAUCUUUCACUGCUUGGUGUUCCUGGUACUGUUACUUGGCAGUUGAAAUAUAUAACUAGUGAGCUAUGUAGUUGAUGACCCUCGACUGAAAUUCGUUCAGAGUGCAAGCAA